UCAAGCUUCCCUUUCCGGUCUUUUGAUCGCUCCGUCGUUGGAACACUGCGCCUACUGGUCGCUGAGGCUGGCUGGCGAGGUCUCUGGCGCGGCGCCCUUCCUAAUGUACAACGGGCUGCUCUUGUCAACAUGGGCGAGAUGACGACCUACGAUACCUCUAAACGUUGGCUGAUCACUACUUUUGAUAUGCAGGUAUGCCAAUCUAACGACUGGCACAGUCUAGCUAGUGUCAUUUAUAAAAUCGGCUGUCAUUCCUUAAUGCCAUCAAUCUUUAAAUGA